AUGGCAUCUUCCUCUACUCCCACCACGCCUCAGAGCAUUCCUGCCGAGAUGGAAAAUUUUGUGGUCGGCCUCAUCGGCAUGGGAGACAUGGGGAAGAUGUACGCGCAGAGGCUCUCUGCCGCUGGAUGGAAGAUAAUGGCGUGUGACCAGGAGGACAAGUACGAGAGCCUGAAAGAAGAGUUCUCCGGAAACAACAAUAUACAAAUUUGCCGAAAUGGCCAUUACGUCUCUCGCGCCAGCGACUACAUCAUCUACAGCGUUGAAGCCGCCGCUAUUGACCGCGUGAUCGCCCAGUACGGCCCAUCAACGAAGCUCGGCGCCAUCGUAGGCGGCCAAACAUCCUGCAAAGACCCCGAGAUCACCGCCUUCGAGCGCCACCUGCCCUCCGACGUCGACAUCGUGUCCUGCCACUCCCUCCACGGCCCCAACGUCGACCCGCGCAACCAGCCCCUCGUCAUCAUCGCCCACCGCGCCUCCCCGGCCGCCGUCGCAAAGGUCGAGACCGUCCUCUCCGUUCUCGGCUCCAAGCACGUCUACCUCACCGCGCACGAGCACGACCGCAUCACCGCCGACACCCAGGCCGUCACGCACGCCGCCUUCCUCUCCAUGGGCAAGGCCUGGCACGCCAACACCCAGUUCCCCUGGGAGAUGUCGCGGUACGUCGGCGGCGUCGAGAACGUCAAGAUCAACAUCAUGCUGCGCAUCUACUCGCAGAAGUGGCACGUCUACGCCGGCCUCGCCAUCCUCAACCCCGAGGCCCGCAAGCAGAUCUCGCAGUUCGCGCGCUCCGUCACGGACCUGUACAAGCUCAUGCUCGAGGGCGACCUGGAGGCGCUGCGGGCGCGGGUGCUGGCGGCCAAGGAGAAGGUGUUCGGGCACGACGGCAGCCCCAAGUGGGCGGACCGGCCGCUGCUGAACCCGGACCUGCUGGAGCGGUUCUCGCUGGGGCGCAAGGAGGACCAGACGGAGCCGCCGCGGGCGAACAACCACCUGAGCCUGCUGGCCAUGGUGGACUGCUGGGCGGAGCUCGGGAUCGUGCCGUACGACCACAUGAUCUGCUCGACGCCGCUGUUCCGGCUGUGGCUGGGCGUGGCGGAGCACCUCUUCCGCAGCAAGGAGAUGCUGGACGACGCGCUGAGGACCGCCGUCGAGGACCACACGUACCGGUCCGACGACCUGGAGUUCACGUUUGCUGCGAGGGGCUGGGCGGAGUGUGUUAGCCUGGGGCACUUUGAGACGUGGAAGAAUCGGUUCGAGACGACGCAGCAGUUCUUCCAGCCGAGGUUCAAGGACGCUGUCGCUGUGGGUAAUGCCAUGAUGAAGGCUGUGCUGGAGAGUACGAAGAACUGA